UACUGUAUCAAGCAGAGCAAGCCGAAUUCAACAGCAUCUUACAGAAAGACCAAGAUAAGCAUCUGAAGCAUGGCAACCAUCACCUGCACCAGGUUCACUGAGGAAUUUCAGCUUUUUGAAGAACUGGGCAAAGGCGCGUUUUCUGUGGUGAGACGCUGUCUGAAGGUCCUCACAGGACAGGAGUAUGCUGCAAAGAUUAUCAACACCAAGAAGCUUUCAGCCCGAGAUCACCAGAAACUGGAGAGAGAGGCUCGUAUCUGUAGGCUUUUAAAGCACUCAAAUAUUGUGAGACUUCAUGACAGUAUCUCUGAAGAAGGUCACCACUACCUAAUCUUUGACUUAAUAACUGGAGGAGAACUUUUUGAAGAUAUUGUUGCGAGGGAGUAUUAUAGUGAGGCUGAUGCCAGUCACUGUAUUCAGCAAAUCCUGGAGGCGGUUCUUCAUUGUCACCAGAUGGGAGUGGUCCACAGGGACCUGAAGCCUGAAAACCUGCUGUUAGCAUCCAAGUCGAAGGGAGCGGCGGUGAAGCUGGCUGACUUUGGCCUGGCAAUUGAAGUGGAAGGAGACCAGCAGGCUUGGUUUGGCUUUGCUGGAACCCCUGGCUACCUGUCUCCGGAGGUCCUGAGAAAAGACCCUUAUGGAAAACCAGUUGAUCUGUGGGCCUGUGGUGUUAUUUUAUAUAUCCUCCUGGUUGGAUAUCCACCAUUUUGGGAUGAGGACCAGCACAGACUCUACCAGCAGAUCAAGGCUGGAGCUUAUGAUUUCCCUUCUCCAGAGUGGGACACUGUUACCCCUGAAGCAAAGGACCUCAUCAACAAAAUGCUAACCAUUAACCCUGCAAAGCGUAUUACUGCCGCAGAGUCUCUCAAACACCCCUGGAUUUCGCAUCGCUCCACAGUGGCGUCCUGCAUGCACAGACAGGAGACGGUGGAAUGCUUGAAGAAGUUCAAUGCAAGGAGGAAGCUCAAGGGAGCUAUCCUCACUACAAUGUUGGCGACAAGAAACUUUUCAGGAAAUAAGAGUGGGGCUAACAAGAAGAACGAUGGGGUGAAGAAAAGGAAGUCCAGUUCCAGCGUCCAGCUCAUGGAAUCCUCUGAAAGCACUAACACCACCAUUGAGGAUGAGGAUACCCGAGGGAGGAAGCAGGAGAUUAUUAAAGUGACAGAGCAGUUGAUUGAAGCUAUCAGCAAUGGGGAUUUUGAAUGUUACACGAAGAUGUGCGACCCCAGUGUCACCGCUUUUGAACCCGAAGCGCUAGGAAACCUGGUGGAGGGACUUGACUUCCAUCGGUUUUAUUUUGAAAACUUGUGGUCUAAAAACAGUAAGCCGGUCCACACCACAAUCCUGAACCCCCACAUCCACCUGAUUGGUGAGGAAGCUGCCUGUAUUGCUUAUAUCCGCAUCACCCAGUACAUCGACAGCAACGGCCUGCCGCGCACCGCACAGUCCGAGGAGACACGCAUCUGGCAUCGUCGUGAUGGCAAGUGGCAGAUCGUCCACUUCCACCGCUCCGGCACUUCUUCGGCAAUUGCUAAUUGAACUAUCGGAUUUGGGAAAUGAGCUGCAAGACUCUUCUUAAAGUCUCCAAUCAGCUUUCCAUCCAGGAGCUGUCAGAGGUUGGAUCAACAGGGGAACUGAAGUCCGUCGCAUUUCAUAUCUUACUUGAAACCUGUUUACACUUCCACUAAGUCAAUAUGAAUGGUAUUA